GUUUCUCGAUUGCUAGGUGCUUUCAAAAAACAAAAACAGGUGACCAGAAGUUUUGGUAGUGCUGUACAAACAGUAACUUUAAUCCCAGGAGAUGGCAUAGGACCUGAAAUUUCUGCGGCUGUCAUGAAGAUCUUUGAUGCUGCCAAAGCUCCAAUUCAGUGGGAAGAGAGGAAUGUUACAGCUAUCCAAGGACCAGGUGGGAAGUGGAUGAUACCUCCAGAUGCCAAAGAAUCCAUGGAUAAAAACAAAAUGGGACUAAAAGGGCCUUUGAAGACUCCAAUUGCUGCAGGGCACCCAUCAAUGAAUCUGCUUCUACGUAAAACCUUUGACCUUUAUGCAAACGUACGUCCCUGUGUCUCAAUUGAAGGGUACAAAACCCCAUACGCAGACGUGAACAUUGUCACAAUUCGAGAGAACACAGAAGGCGAAUACAGUGGAAUUGAGCAUGUGAUUGUUGAAGGUGUGGUGCAAAGUAUCAAGCUGAUCACAGAAGCAGCUAGCAAGCGUAUUGCAGAAUUUGCUUUUGAGUAUGCCAGAAAUAAUCAGAGAAGCCAUGUUACUGCUGUGCACAAGGCAAAUAUUAUGAGAAUGUCUGAUGGGCUUUUCUUGAGAAAAUGCAGGGAGGCAGCGGAAAACUGUAAAGAUAUUAAAUUUAAUGAAAUGUAUCUGGAUACUGUGUGUCUGAAUAUGGUUCAGGAUCCAUCACAAUUUGAUGUGCUUGUUAUGCCAAACUUGUAUGGUGACAUCCUCAGUGACUUGUGUGCUGGACUGAUUGGGGGGCUUGGAGUAACACCAAGUGGAAAUAUCGGUGCUAAUGGAGUUGCAAUUUUUGAAUCGGUUCAUGGAACAGCACCAGACAUCGCAGGAAAAGACCUGGCAAAUCCAACUGCCCUUCUUCUGAGUGCCGUAAUGAUGUUGCGUCACAUGGGACUACACAAACAUGCCACUAAAAUUGAGACAGCUUGCUUUGAUACAAUUAAAGAUGGAAAGGUCUUGACAAAAGACUUGGGAGGUAGCGCCAAGUGUUCGGAAUUCACAGAAGAGAUCUGCCGCAGAGUACGGGACACAGACUAAACGAUUCUCAUGCUACUUGUAAUAACUCCAAGAGGACACAUCACCCGAAGUACGGUAUAUGUAACCUGGUAUCCAUGUGUAUCGUUUGCUUGUCUCAAGAGAGCAAACUUUUUAGUUAUGUCCUCUCCAUUAAUAAAUUUAGUCCAAAUGGCUACAAAU